CUAGGGUUGGACAUGUUAAAGGUCGUCAGACAGUUAAGAGUGUGCUGUCUCCAGUUACGUGUCCACAGUCUUGCUCUGGCCACAGCUAACAGACAUGUCUAAUUUGGAGAGUUGAUCUUGGACCAGAGUUGUGGAUCGCCUCUGCACAAACCCCUGCAGCUGUGUGGAUGGAGAAGAUGAUGUGCACUUAAGAUCCAAGGUUGAAGAAGUAGACUGUGUCGCCUUAUAUCCUGUCUUAAGAUGAGUCAGGGGCCAAACCUCGUCCUGGAGUGGCUCUCCAAGCUCCACCUGGCCCAGUAUGUGGAGUCAUUCAUUGACAAUGGGUAUGAUGAUUUGGAAGUUUGUAAACAGAUCGGGGAGCCAGACCUUGAUGCCAUAGGAGUCCAAAUUCAGUACCACAGACACAGGCUGCUCACAGCAGUGCACAAGCUGAAAGACGAGGACGAAAGGAAAGCACCUGGUUACUAUUUCACCUUAGAGCCUCUGGAUCCUUCAGCUGGCAACCACUCAAACAGAGGAGAUGACUUCAGGACUUCGAGGUCACAGACUGCAGGGAUACACAAGGCCUCCUGUCCUGGAAACCACAACCUGAGAUUCACAGAUUGUAAUGACUUUGUGACUUAUCCCAAACUGAAGCUCAAGGUGCUGUUGAGGGAUAAACUUGCAAAAGAUGGCAUCAACCUGGGAGAAGCACCUUACACCCAUAAGGAUGGCUCGGUGGGGAACCUUGAUGACCUGGCUCAGGAGUAUUCUCAGUAUUACGGCACCUCCCUCAGCGACGUGUGUGAAAGGAUGGAGGAGCUACGGAAACGCAAAGUAGUGCAAGAUACAGAGAUGGGAACAGUUGACUCAGUGGCCACAUCACUGCAGCUCCGCUCCCAGAUCCAGGAAUCCCUUGGACUCAGCAGUACCAUGUCUACUCCAGAGACUGAAAGAAGGUUUCCUGUGCACAAAUCAAGCUCUGAUGAUGGAUCAGGGGGAAAAUGGGAUGGAAAGAGAAAGAGCAAGUCUUUUUGGCAGAGUUUUCGAAAGUCACAGAAAGGAGUGUUGCGUCAGAUUUCAAAAGGUGACGACGUUGGUUUUGUGGCGAGUGAAAUCACAAUGAGUGACGAAGAGCGCAUCCAGCUGAUGAUGAUGGUGAAGGAGAAUAUGAUCUCCAUAGAGGAAGCCUUGGCACGGCUGAAGGAGUUUGAGGUACAAAACAGACAGACGUGCAGGUCUGAUCCCACAGAGUGGACGGAUCCCUCCAGUCCCACUACAAAUGAGUCAUUCAACUGCAACCCUUGUGACCUGUCAGACAAUGAACAAGAAGAAUCUGUGACGUUCAGGCGACUCCACAAACUGGUCAACUCGACCCGGAAGGUGAAGAAAAAGCUGAUCAGAAUUGACGAUUCGAAGAGGCCUGGAGCAGAGGAGAGCGUGAUGACAGAUGGUCCUCCCUGUGGAGAUGCCAGCGCCUCCUUGUACUCAGGUGUGCAAAAGAAGCUCGCAGUUUGCCCCGUGGACUCCCUCACCUCAGCUCUGCGGGACCAGCUCAUCUACGACCGGGACUCUGACAGCCUGACCACAUCCCCCUCCUCCAGCAGCCUCGACACCUGCAGCAGCCAGAAGAUCUUUCAGGCCUUCAGCAAGUCGAGUGGGAGCCCCAUUCAUCAGGAGACAGGCGUAGCUGUGGAGGUGAGGGAGGUGGCUGAGGGCAGCGGCUCCUCCUUUUCUGAAGUGGAGGUUUGUAACAAUGAGGAACCCAAAAUCGCUCGCUCAGUGACUGAUGGAGAGCUCCGUCACCGGAUCCUCAGCCCGCUCAGCCACCAUGGAAGAGCUUGUAGCUUCGGAGGAUUUGACCUGACCAACCGCUCGCUGCACGCGGUCACCUCUGACAACGAUAACACUAAUAAAGACGGAGGCGGGGUGAGAGAUCCCAUCAAGUCUCCACCAACAUCUCGUAUUUCCCUGGGCAAAAAAGUCAAAUCCGUGAGAGAAACUAUGAGGAAACACAUAUCCAAGAGAUACCACUGUUCUCUCUCUGAGCAGUCAAGCCCAGACCGCAUAUCAAGCUGCCCUCACUCCCCUCAGAUAGACUCUGACUCUUUGGAGAAACCCAAACUGAAGCCAGGAGGCUCUGUGGAAAGCCUGAGGAGUUCCCUCAGCGGACAAAGCUCCAUGAGCGGUCAGACUGUGGGCACCACUGACUCCUCCAACAGCAACAGAGAGAGUGUGAAGUCUGAGGACGGGGAGGAGGACGAGUUACCGUACCGUGGACCCUUCUGUGGACGCGCUCUCGUUCACACCGACUUCACCCCCAGUCCCUACGACACUGACUCCCUCAAACUGAAGAGCGGAGAUAUCAUCGAUGUCAUUAGUAAGCCUCCGAUGGGUACGUGGAUGGGGAUGCUCAACGGUAAAGUCGGCACCUUCAAGUUCAUUUACGUGGACGUCCUGAAUGAAGAGGAAGUGAAGCCCAAAAAGACGCGCAGGAGGAGGAAGGCCCGGCAACCCAAACCCACGUCUGUAGAGGAGCUCCUCGAUCGCAUCAACCUCAAAGAGCAUCUUCCCACCUUCCUUUUUAACGGCUACGAGGAUCUGGACACAUUCAAGUUGCUGGAGGAGGAGGACCUGGAUGAGCUGAACAUCAGAGACCCGCAGCACAGAGCUGUGCUGCUCACUGCUGUGGAGCUGCUGCAAGAGUAUGAUGGUGGGUCAGGAAGCAGCGACCCAGAGCGAGGCAGUCAGUCUGGAGGUGGACAGGAGAAGCUGCUCCUGGACAGGCGCGGCCUUCCAGGAGACUCCCCGCGGGACUCCGGCUGCUACGAGAGCAACGAGAACCUGGAGAACGGAAGGAACAAAAAGACUUCUUCAUGCAUGAGCAGGUCCUCCUCUGGUUUUGAGUCGAGCCACCUCCCGUCCCCAGAGGACCCUGCCCUCCCCAAGACCCUGACCUCCACAAGCUCUACUAAGACUUCACUCCAAAGUAAACCAGGAUGUCUGCCCUGUAUCUCACCGCCACUAAGACCCCCUAAGAACAGCUUAAGUCUGCAAAGCCCAGUGAAAGGUCAUCUUCCCAGUGGAGCCAUCGCUCGGAGCCAGAGCUGCAUGGAGCUGAGACGAAGCCCGGCAACAGACCUGCUGAGGCGGAGCUUCUCCCUGACUGUCCUCCACAAAGAGCAGGGUAGAAAACUGACCCCAAGCGCCAGGACAGAGAGCAGACAGCACGCAGUAAAUCCUCCAAAACAUUGUGAGGUCACGUCUCGGUAUUACCAAUCUUCAACCACAUCAUGUAAUGCUGUGUGCAGCACUUUCAGCAAAGACAGUCUGCUUGUCCCUAAACCAGCGGAAACAACACAAAUUACACACCUCCAGCUGCCAGCAGAAAGCUCCAAUCAUCCUUUAACUCCACCCUCAUCACCAAACCCACAGCCGGAGCCUGUACUAACACAGACCGGCUGCAUGUUCAACUGCACAAACCGCAGCUCGUCAGAGAAGAAGGCAAGUCGUUCAGUUUCAGCCAUUUCUGAAGCCCGGCGGCUGAAAAUGCAGAGAAAUAAGAAGACGUCCAUAAACUCAGCAAAACCGCUGCCAGUGACAGCAGAGAGACUUGAGGUGCAGGGUAUCGAUCGCACAGUGGAGCCACUUUCUGACAAAGUGUUGGCCUUAGCAGAACAGUGAAUGUCAGUGAAUGUUAAUUUCUGCUGUUACAUGGUCUUAAAACCAUUUUGUUUUUUUGUUUUUGUGUUGUUUUUCUCAAAAUGUGAAGACAUACAGAUUUUUUUUUUGACAAUUUCUGAAAAUGCAGCCUUGGAUUUAUAGUGUGACAUGAAAUUUGUUAAUCUGGGGGGAAAAUGCAAGCAGAUUAUUGUAUUUUUGAUACAUUUUCCCACAAUAUCCAGUAAAUAUAUUACAAUAGGUAUAAAUGCAGUGUUGUCGCUUACAUCAAAUAGAAAUUUCCCUACAGCACCUUUCAGAAUUUCAUUUCCAGCAUACAGUCUGCUAGAAUUAAUCCUCCCUCAGGAAACCUACCUUAAAUUUAGACAGUGUAAAUUAAUAUUACUAACGUUUCUAUUUACACCUUACUACAGGGGUGUCCAAACUUUUUUGAAUGGGGGUCAGAUCAGAUCACGUGAAAAAACCUGGGAGCCAGCAGCUUCUCGCAUCGUAUGGGUUAUUUUAAAGGGAACCUAUUAUGCUCAUUUUGGGGAUCAUAUUUGUAUUUUGUGGGUCUUCUAGAAAAGGUUUACAUGCAAUAAUUUUCAAAAAACACAUCACGUGUCUCACCCCGCCCUUUGCUGCUACACCUCUGAAACAGUCCGUCUGAGUUUAUGUCCCGCCUCCCAAGAAGCCCAGUCUGCUCUGAUUGGUCAGCUGACUCUCUCUAUGCACAUUUUAUCAUAUUUGUUACAUUGUGAUUUCAUCAAGUUUCAGGAGUAAACACUGAAACUCAAACGAGCUGUUUCAGGCAGUUUAGGAGCAGUUUCUUCUGAGGGAGAGAGAGAGAGAGAGCUUUGGCUUGGACUUUAUAUACUCUUAUUACUUUGUUACAAGGCUUUAUUACUUAGGAGACCUUUUACAAGCACAAAAAUGCUAUACAAAACAAAGAAAAGAGAAAAACCCAAAAAGCAUAAAAGGUCCCUAAAUCACAUACAAUGAGACAAACAGACCUAUUUCAUUUUCAGUGCAAUAUAUUUGACAAUUUACCACUCCUGAAACCAACUGCUCUCACUAGGCGGGUUUCCAUUAACCCUCAGAUUGUGCAACUCUUAUACAAGACAGAGAAAUUACGGCAAUAUUAGGUUGGCUUUACUGGAUGACUGCAAUAGAAAUAAACCUGCCAAUGUUUUGACAUCCAUCCUCAUGGUUAUUGAAAUGUUAUCACGAGAGGAAAGUCGUGUAACAUCGCAAGAGAAGUUUCGUAAUAUCACUCAGUGGAAACGCAGUCAUCUCGCAAAUGUGUUUCAUUGAAAUUUAGAAGAUACCGCUUAAGUUUUGCACAAAUCUGUAAUGGAAACCCACCUAGUUUCAACUUUUCGCUUUUUUGCUGUGACCGUUUCCGCUACUGAGCGGAAAUGUCUGCUGUUUGAACCGUUUGCUUGUUUACCAUCUGUUUAUGAAAACAUAAAAGUUGUGCCUAUGUAGUUCUUCAAAAGACUGUUCAGAGUCGGUCCACGGUCACAAUUGGCCCCUGGCUAGACUUUGAACUUGCCGGUCUUAUGUCUGGUUUGCAGUGUGGUCUGUGGAAAACCCCUGUCUCUGUUUCAGAUGUUCUUCAGUCAGCUGGACAAAUCUGUAGAGGAGACCGCAACAGUAACACAAGCAGCAUCGCUCCGCAGUGAGUGACCAUUUAUCUCACGUUAAACAAAGUCUUUAUUAAUACGUUAUUCAUUACAUGGUUUACUGUAACUUAACUCAGCCUGUUUUAAGCGUAUAUUCAUGUAUGUGGACUAUAUGUUGUAUAUAGUGCACAUUUACUGUAUAUAAGGAUCAUUUGUUGAUUUUCAUGUUCUUUAAGUGCAGUUGGGGAUAACAAUAACAGAAGAACUGGAAAAUACUAGAUAACGUGGUUGAUACAGUAAACUAUCAGAAUUUCUGAGGCAUAGAGGUUUAAUAUUUUGGCAUUUUUUGAAAACCCCAAUUGCAUGUAGUCUUGGAAAAAAAAAAAGAACUACAUUCCACCCAGCAAUCAUUUAGAUAAAAAUGAGUUGUUUAUUUCACAGCAGUUAAUUAUGUACAGUAUUUUCCUGUUUAUUAAUUUAAUCAAUAAAGGUUUUCUUUUAUUUACACAUUUUACAAAUGCUAACAAGGCUGUUAAUCACAGUCCUACCCUCACAACCAUAAAUGUUUGUAUGUUUAAAUUAAAUCUCUGACAGUAGAUCAAUGCACUCAAAGGCGACUUAUUGGCACCAAAUAGUAGAAAUUAAACAAGCAGUAUUAAGCGCAAUAUUCUCUAAAACCAGCCCCAAUACAUCAAAACAAUUAUUCACCAAAAUGUAUAAUUUUCACUGAAAGAAUGUCUUUAUAUAC